UUCCCCUCUCUUAUAAAAUACCCCAGAAAUGCAGACAAUUUUAUCACUUCAUUUAUGUUCCAAACAUUUUUCCUUCUAACAUGGCCUUUUUUCUCUCAAUACAAACAACUUUACUACUACCUCUUUUUUUCUUUCCUCUAGGCUGGUCAUUCACCGUUAUAAUGUCCGAUUCUGGUACGCCUUCAGCUCUGGUUGAUGCACCACAAACCGGCUUCUCUAUGAACAAUAACCGCGCACGAACUGAUCCCCGUGAACAAGAAGCUGUUUACGACAUUAUGAGGGCCACGGGGAACGACUGGGCCACCGAUAUCCCCGACGUUUGUCGUGGCCGAUGGCACGGUAUCGAGUGUAUGCCGGACGACGACAACGUCUACCAUGUUGUAUCGCUCUCUUUUGGAGCAUUGUCCGAUGAUACAGCAUUUCCUACUUGUGAUUCAACUCAUUCUUUCAUUUCACCUUCUGUUACAAAACUUCCACACCUUCGGACUUUAUUCUUCUAUCGUUGCUUCAGUAACAAUCCUCAGCCCAUUCCAGCAUUUCUGGCCCAAUUAGGGCCCACUUUGCAGACACUAGUUUUAAGAGAAAAUGGGUUCACAGGGCCCAUUCCAAAUGAGUUGGGUAACUUAACUAGUUUGAGAGUCCUUGAUCUUCACAAAAAUAAUCUCAACGGUUCAAUACCGGUUUCUUUAGGCCGGAUCACCGGUUUGAGGUCGUUAGAUUUGAGUGAUAACAAACUAACCGGUUCAAUCCCGAGUUUGACUUUCCCUCAGUUAAAUGUGCUAGACCUUAACCAAAAUCACCUCGUGGGUUCAAUUCCAUUCACACUCAUGAAGUGUCAUUCGCUUAUAAAGCUAGACUUGAGUCGCAAUCGCCUCUCAGGCUCAAUACCUAACUCCAUCGACAAAUUAAACGAUCUCAUCCUCAUGGAUUUGAGCUACAACAGUCUAAGAGGUCCAUUCCCAGUCUCGCUCAAGAAAUUGAAUUUUCUCCAAGUGUUAGUCCUCAACAGUAAUCCAAUGGACUCUGCUACUCUACCAGAUAACGCGUUUGAUGGUUUCAGGGACUUGAUGAUAUUAGGUUUAACGAAUAUGAAUCUUCAAGGUCCAAUACCGAGAUCUCUAGGCCGGUUGCCUAAAAUUCGAGUCCUUCAUCUUGAUGGGAAUCAAUUUAAUGGCUCAAUCCCAUUAAGUUUUGGUAAUUUAAAUAGCCUAAGUGAGCUUAGGCUAAACAACAACAUGUUAAGUGGACCUAUCCCAUUUAAGAGAGAUAUGGUUUGGAGAAUGAGAAGGAAAAUGAAGCUUUCUAAUAAUGAAGGGCUAUGCUAUAAUAAAGAGAAUGGUCUUGGAGAUGAUUUAGAGACUUUGUUGGAUUCAGGGAUUGGACAUUGUGGAGAUUCC